AUGCCGCCCGGCAGCUCGAUGGCGGCCGAGGUGGGGCGUCUGCGCAACCUCUUCGUCACGCGCACCUUCUCAAAGACGUGGGGCCUCCCCUCCCUCCGGAUCGGGUACAUCCUCUCCGCCGAAGAGAACAUCAACGCGCUCUGCUGCGUGCGCGGCCGCCCGCGCGCCACCGUGGCGAGGGUGCGCGGCCCGUACGACAUCAACCAGCUCGCCGUCGUGGCGCUCCGAGCGGCUCUCGACGACCCGCAGUACGUAUCUGACUUUGUCGCGGAGCACAACAACAAGGCGCGCCCUGCGCUCGAGGAUUUCCUCGCCGAGGCGGGCGUCGCCUUCUGGCCAUCGGCGGCCAACUACGUCUUUUGCUACUUCCCCGACCCGACCGCCACCGAGAAGGCGCUGCGCAUCCUCGUCCGCCCGAAGAAGGACGCAAGCGGCACUCUCGGGCUGCGCGUCUCGAUCGGCACUCUCGCUCAGACCGAGCGGCUCAUCGCAACCCUCCGCCGCUUUCUGUGA